AUGGACAAUGUUGUAGUACAUAGAAGUUGUAUAGACAAUCAGAAGUUAUUGGCGAUGGCUCCCACUAAGAGAAAUGCGUCAGCCGUUGAGGAUGCCAGCGAUGUAUCUAGCACCAAGAAAGCGCUGAUUGAGACUUCGGGGCAAGGCGCGGCCGAGCAGAUCGAAGAGGCAAUGGAUGACGCAACAGAUAGCUCCUCCGGCGAGGAGGAAGACAUUGGCGAGCAGAAGCGCAGCACACGGAAGGCGGGCGUGGGAGCACAGGAUAUUCAGAUUGCGCGGGAGACGGCAGAGCUGUUCAAGUCGAACAUUUUCAAAAUGCAGAUUGACGAGCUGCAGGAACAGGUAAAGCUCAAGGAGAGCCACAUACUGCGCGUGGAGAAGUUUCUGCACCGGCUGUACGACCUGUUGCAGGGCGUGCCGGAGUGGGAGGGGCGCGGCCUGGCGGAGGUGGAGGCCUUUUUCAAGGACAAGGCGGUGUGCGUACCGUUCUGCGACCCGAAGCCCGCGAGCUCGACGCCGUACAAGUUCGGGUACAAGACGCCGAGCGUGGCGCUGAUCGGGUCGUUCGCGCUGAAGACGGCGAUAUACCAGCCGCAGGGGUCCAGCAUCGACGUGCUGCUGACGAUGCCGGAGGAAUUGUUCGAGAAGAAGGACUUUCUAAACUUCAGAUGCGUGCACAAGCGGAGCGUGUACUUGGCGUACCUGACGUACCAGCUGUCGCUGGCACUGAAGAAGAACCGGCUGGAGUUUCUGCAUCUGGAGUACGCACACCGCAACAGCGAUCCGUUGCAGCCCAUGUUGCGUAUAUCCUGUAACGAAGCCUCUGACUCCGAAUACAAUUUCCACAAGACGAAGUUUUCCGUGAACCUGAUUGUGGGCUUCCCGUAUGGUGUGUUUGAGCCCAAGAAGUUACUACCGACCAGGAAUUGCAUUAGAGUUGGCGAGGACAAUUCUACGCCGACUCCGUUUUAUAACUUUUCGGUUCUGUCCUCAUGCACCCAUGAGCAUUACCUCAAGUACCUUUACAAAACAAAAAAACAAACGGAGGCAUUUAAGGAAGCCUGCGUGCUGGGCCGUCUUUGGUUGGCGCAGAGAGGGUUCCAUUCUGACAUGUCGCAUGCCGCGUUGCUGGGCGGCUUUGGGAACUUUGAAUUUGCUAUCCUGAUGGCUGUCCUGUUGAAUGGCGGUGGCGUCAACGGCAACAAAAUCCUCCUGCAUGGGUUUUCCUCCUAUCAGUUGUUCAAGGGUAUUAUGAAGUACCUUGCUACUAUGGAUCUUUGUUCGGAUGGCUACUUGCAGUUUCAUUCUGACCUUGAUUCUGUCUCGAACGUCCCGACCUCAAAGUACGUGGAGGAGGGGUUCCGCACCCCCACAUUGUUCGACAAGACCACUAAGGUCAAUAUAUUAAGCAAGAUGUCUGUGUCGGGCUACCAUAUGCUAAAGCUCCACGCACAACAGACGCUUGCGAUGUUGAACGACGUUGUUCGGGAUCAGUUUGCAGGCAUUUUCUUGACCAAGCUUGACAAAAUACCUAGCGUCAGUUACGAUCUAUCUUACGACUUGGAGUUUCCCAGCCAAGAAGAACUUUUAUCCAAGUUUGGACCGCUAGAGAAGGUGCGGUUUAUAUCCUUCGAAGAGUUUCUCGUGAACAAGCUUGCCAAUGUAAUUAGGAUUGCUCUGGGUGAUAGAAUUAGAGCAGAAGAGUUUGAAUUGGUCGGGCACAAAACAAAAUUCCCAAUUAACAGGCGGAAGCCAGCGGGACCCAUGAAUUUUUCGUCCAUCAAAAUUAAGCUUCUGGUCAAUCCAGUCGAGUCUGAAAAGUUAGUAACCAGGGGCCCUGCUAACAAGGAAGAGCAGAGCGCAGAGGCCGCCGAGUUCACCAGCUUCUGGGGCAAGAAAGCGUCUCUGCGUAGAUUCAAGGACGGUUCCAUUAUUCACAGUUGCGUGUGGUCCACCUCAGCCAAUCAGCCCGUUAUCACGUCUAUCCUGGAUUACGUUCUCAAGUUGCACAUUUCUGACGACGUAAAGCUAUCCAACGCCAUAACGAGGCAAUUCCACAGCAGGCUGCCGCAGCCUAACUUACCUGGAAGCUUGAAACUGUCUGUGUUGAACUCCACUAGCUUCCACCAAUUGAAGCGCUCCUUUGACAACCUAUACAAAAUUGUAUUCCAGCUGAAACUUCCGCUAUCCGUCAAGUCCAUUUUACCGGUGGGCGCUGCUUUCCGAUACGCAACCAUGUGUCAGCCAGUCCCAUAUGCAUACUCAAAUCCUGAAUUUCUGCAGGAAGUGAUCUUGGAAUUUGAAACCUCUCCCAAGUGGCCUGAUGAGAUCUCUGCCUUGGAAAAGGCCAAGACGGCGUUCCUACUCAAGAUCCAGGAGCAGCUUACUGCCCAGCAGGGUGACAAGUACAGAUGCUAUUUUGCUCGCGACGAGUCUAUCCCCUAUAACUUGGAUAUUGUCACCUUGAACAUUCUCACCCCUGAGGGCUAUGGGUUCAAGUUCAGAGUACUAACAGAGCGCGAUGAAGUGAUGUACCUGAGGGCUAUCAGCAACGCGAGGAGCGAACUAAAGCAAGAACUGGAAAGAACAUUUUUGAAGUUCACCUCGAAAUACCAAGCAUCCAUUCGGCACACCAGGACGUUGGAGCUUCUUUCGCACAGCUUCCCGUUCUACUCUCCCGUAGUGAGACUAUUCAAGCAAUGGUUGGACUCCCAUCUGUUGCUGGGACACCUACCUGAGGAACUCGUCGAACUGAUUGCCAUUAAGCCGUUCGUCGAGCCUUACCCUUACGCAGCCCCGGGCUCCAUCGAGAACGGCUUUCUAAAGGUGCUGAAGUUCUUGAGCGAGUGGAAUUGGAAGGAAGACCCCUUGAUUCUGGAUCUCGUCAGGCCCGAAGACUCUGACGAUCUCGAGACAAGCAUCGGUGCCUCCGAUCUCGAUUCGCGCGCCAUGAAGAAGCUCUCGGAGAAGCUUACUCUGCAGCAAUACAAGACCAUCCAGGCGAACUUCCGGUCCUUGCGCAACGGCGACCCCCACGGUAUGCAACUCCAGUUCUUUGUGGCGUCCAAAAACGACCCCAGCGGCAUCCUGUACUCCACCUCCGUGCCCCUGCCGAUCGCCACGAGACUAACCGCGCUCGCCAAGGUCGCGGUCAACCUGAUCCAGGUCCACGGCCUCAACACCCAGUCAAUCAACCUCCUCUUCACACCUGCAUUGAAAGACUACGACUUCACCGUCCGGAUUCGUAGCCCCACGCCCCUCCGUCUCUCGAGCGGUGUGCUCUCCCCCGAUGGCUUCAAGAACCUCGACGAGCAGCCCACCCAGUUCCCCAAGGACCUCUCCACGUUGUCCGAGAAAAUGGACUGCACCUACCAGCUUGUCAAGUACCUCAACAUGAAGUACAAAAACAGCAUCCUCUUCUCGUCACACCUCCACGUAGGCGUCCACGGCGGCCCCCGGGGGGACGAGAACGUCAUCACCGGACUCAUCCGCCCUGCCUUUAAGUCUCCGUUCAGAUUUAAGGCAAAUAUGGACUGUAACGCCCGUCCCCUCGACCCCGACACCGUCAAGCUUAACAGCGAUGCAGUGUUUCGCGAGAUUGCGACUUUUGGCAAGGAGCUUGUCGUCAGCUUUGAGAGUUCUUGA